AUGCCUCGCUCUACUUUGAUUCCAUCCAUAAACCCAGCUCACAGCUUCCGUCAUCAGUUCCCGCUAUCCAGUCCUUCGUUCUCUUCUCCCCCCAGUUUUAUGCGAUGCGGAAAUCGCCGUCGUGGGGUCACCAUGGCCGCCGGGAAGGAUCACUACAAAACUUUGAAUGUCGGCCGCAACGCCACCUUGAAGGAGAUCAAGAGCGCGUACAGAGCACUCGCUCGCAAGUAUCAUCCGGACAUGAACAAGAACCCAGGAGCUGAAGAUAAGUUCAAACAGAUCAGUGCUGCUUAUGAGGUGUUAUCUGACGAGGAGAAGAGAUCCGCGUAUGAUCGCUUUGGCGAGGCGGGUUUAGAUGCCAAUUUCAAUGCUUCACAGGAUGCUUCUCAAGGAGUGGACCCAUUUGAUUUGUAUAGUGCAUUCUUUGGAGGUGGUUCUGAUGGAUUUUUUGGAGAAAUGGGUGAUUCUGGAGGCAUGGGUUUUGACUUCAUGAAUAAGAGAAGCCUUGACCUUGACAUCCGGUAUGAUAUGCGGUUGAGCUUUGAAGAGUCUGUUUUUGGAGUAAAGCGUGAGAUUGAUGUUUCUUAUUUAGCAACGUGUGAUGGAUGUGGAGGAACAGGUGCCAAAUCUAGUAAGGACGUUAAACAGUGUAGCAAUUGUGGUGGUAAAGGGCGCGUCAUGGACACUCAGAGAACACCCUUUGGAAUCAUGUCUCAGGUUUCCAAUUGCUCAAAAUGUGGUGGUGAUGGGAGAAUCAUAACUGAUAAGUGUCGAAUGUGCAAUGGCAACGGGAGACUACGGUCUAGUAAAAAGAUGGAUCUUGUUGUCCCUCCUGGUGUCAGCGACAGAGCCACAAUGCGGAUGCGAGGAGAAGGUAACGUGGACAAGAGAAGUGGACGAGCUGGAGAUCUGUUCAUCGUGCUUCAGGUUGCUGAGAAGCGUGGGAUCCGGAGGGAAGGGCUUAAUCUAUACUCCAAGAUCACCAUAGAUUUCACAGAUGCAAUACUUGGGACUGUCACAAAGGUAGAAACAGUUGAGGGAACAAUGGAUCUUCGGAUUCCGCCUGGAACUCAGCCAGGUGACACUGUGAAAUUAUAUAGGAAAGGAGUUCCAGACACGGAUAGACCUUCAGUUCGAGGUGAUCAUUGCUUUGAAGUGAAGGUUUUGAUCCCCAAAAACCUAAGCGAGAGGGAACGCAAGUUGGUAGAGGAAUUCUCGUCGCUUAGAAGAUCUAGCAGUAGUACUGAAACUCGUCAAGAGGAGCAUAGAUUUGACUCAGAGUCCAGAGAAAAACCGUCUUUGUGGCAAAAAAUGAAGAGUUUCAUAAGGCCAGAAGAAGAUUCAAAGACGAAGUUUGGGACAAUGAGCUUGAACUCCUCAGUGCCACUACGAAGAAUGAACGAGGCAGGGACGUCGAUUGUUUUCCCCUUCUUGGCUCUGUGCGUUAUAGCCUCGGCUGUUGCAUUGGUUCAGAAAAAGGGUAAUCGCUUGAAAGAAAAGAAAGAAAUCUAAUUUCGUCAAAACCCUAUACCCAGAUGGAAAACUUUGGUUCCAAGUAAACAGAGAGCUUUAACCAGAUAAACAUGAUUUUGAAGAGCCAUUUCAUUGAUAUACAAUUCUAGUUUAUAGGUUGAACUUGUUUGUUGUAGAAAAACAGAAGAGGUCUUGUAUGUAUGUUUUAUCAUUAAUUUAUGGUUAAAAGAGUUCUGAUAAAACGAACAAUG